CUGCGUCAUAAAAUGGUUGCGUCGAAGAUUUUGAGCGAGCGGGAAGCAACGCCUUAUUUCCUGAUUUACAGGGUCAAAUUUGAUUUCAUUAUGGAAACAACCAUAUGAGUCGAAUUUCGAAAUAGUUAAUUUAAUAUCCAAUCUAUAAAGAACAUGUGUACCUGAAGAUUGAGAAUUGAAAGCUUAAGGAAACUGAUCAAAAUGGACGUUCGAGCUGCUUUAAUUGAAGUGUGUGAUGUAUGUGGCAGUCAACACCCCACUGAGGCGUGUCCAGAACUUGGACUGGACACAUCAGAGCUGACUCAACAGACCAGGUCAAGGGCACGUCUGACGUUACCCGAGUUCCUGUUUGAAGUAGAAAUAGCUGGAGAAGUAGGAGUCUUCACGCGUGACACAGUGCUACAGAAGAAGACACAGUUUGGACCGUUUGAAGCUAAGAAGACUACACACGAGUUCAAUGAUGAAAGUCUAUUUAUACUUAAGGUAACAACGAAGGAUGGUACGUGUAUCAGCCUGGACACCACCAGUGAGAACGACUGUAACUGGAUGUGUUUGGUCCGUGCUGCACUCACAUAUGAGCAACAAAACUGUAUCGCCUACCAGUUGGGGACCAACCUGUACUACAGCACAACCAAGGACAUAGCCCCCGGGUCAGAGCUCUGUGUGUGGUAUGCUCCUGCCUACGCUCGUAGGAUUGGCAAACCUGAGAAACCUGAUGGUGUCAGUAAGGUUAUGCUGGGUAUGAAAGUAAUAUACCCCUCUGUGGAGGACCUGCCGGACGCUCCGCAGACUAGGCCACAGACUGAUAACCUAACAGAUGAAGAAUCAGAGGUACCACAAGCCUUAAAGGUAGAGAUUAAACCUAACUUCUUAUGCAAACGAUGUGGUGAAGGCUUCCAUUCAGAAUCAGAUCUGGCAUUACACCUUCGUAACCACAUUAUACCAAACUACUACUCAGUAAUGAAUGGGAAACAGCGAAAAAGAGGCAGACCAGCAAAAGCUCUGAUGGUUAAGAAAAGAGGUAGAAAGCCAAAGAAAAUUAUGGUAGAAGCUAAAAGAUUAAAAUUAGACAGCCCUGAAGAGUGUGAGAGUGAGGCUGAGGCAGAGACUGUGGACGGCAUGGAGUCAAUGAAGGACGAGGGAGAACAAGAGGAAAGCAGUGAUGAAGAAUUCACACCAGUCAUUCUUUCUACCUCUCCUGGAAUGUUGGAGGGGGGCCGUCGCAUUCAACCAAGACGGAGUCUGAAAGGUGUCCGCACAUCAGGUUUUGAAGCAGAUGAGAACUUUGUUUACAUGAAAAUAAAAACUGAGAAACCUGAUGAUGGUUACGAUGUGUCGCCCUCUAAACCUAAAAAUAAGAACAUUCAGGGAAAAAAUGUUAUAGAUGAAACUAUUGCUGGCGAAACAGCAGUCAUACCAAAACAUGAGAAAGAUGAAGAUAAGUUGGAAGCCAAGGUUACUCCUGUUAAAAGGAAAAGAGGCCGUCCUCCAAAGGUCAAACGUACAGAACAUUCAGAGGUCAAAAACUCUCACGAAACACCUUGUCAAACUCACGAUCAGAAUCUAAACUUCAAUGCAGAUCUUGCUGGCACAAACGACACACAACAAGGCUUGAUAGAGAAAUCAAAAACAUCUACAGGAAAAACUGUUGAGCAAAGAAAAGAUGACGAUGGAAAGACUCUAUUUAAAGCAGAUGCUAAUGAAAAGGAUGUAGAUUUGAAGGAAAAAGAAGACGAAAAAUGUGUCACACCUGCAAAUGUUGCUGAUGAAAAAACAGUCUCUGUGAUUGAAGGUAGUAAGGAUAGUUGUAUAUCGCAGGUUAAGGAAAAAAAUGAAAAUCAGCCUUGUCAGGUUGGUUCCGGAGACCAGGAUGAUUCAAUUGCUUCAACAAAAAGUGUACAAGAACUGGAGAAUGGAAUUCAUCAGAUUGUUGGCAAGUCAAAGGAAGAGGGUAACUUGUCAACAUAUACUGAAACAUUGGAAGUAAACUGUAUCACUGAGAAACAAUCAACUAGUAAAACAAUGGCAGAAGAACCUUCGUCAGAUUUGAUUGAACCAAUGGAGGAACAUGUCGAGGAUACCGAUUCCCAUGUUGAUUUAGAAUCCAGCCAGGCAGGAGAACACAGCUCGUCCAACGUUAACGCUGUUGGUAUACAUAUGCCUUCUGAUGAAUCUAUUGCAAAUAUGGCUGUCGAUGAUGAUCUACAAAACAUUCUGGACCAGUUGGACAAGACUGAUGGAAAUGUGCAAAGAAGCAUGGAUAAGGAAACUGAUGUGGCUGAAAAACGGAAUGAGUUAUCCGACAAACCUGAAUUAAUGGAAAAUAAAGAAGAAGCGACUAAGCGAGAGAAAGAAGCAGCAGCAGACAAAGAUACACAAACCCCUGACGACGAUGUUGACGAGAGAUCAAUUGAUGACAACGAUGACAGUAGCAAUUCUUUCAUUAAAACUGAUAGCCAAGAUGAAGACAAAAACGAUGACACAACGCUACCGUUCCAUAACUAUGUGGCAAAACUAGUGAAGCAAACAGAUGAGUUGGAGGAGGAAAAUCAUGCCGAAUUCGUGAAUGAUGAAGUAGCAAAAUUUUUAUUAACUGAUAAUUUUGUAGAUGAGGUUGAUAGCAAAGACGAUUAUACAAAGUAUAUGAAAAUUGAAGAUACCUCCGAUGGAAAACAUUUCAUCUGUACACUGUGUGAAAAGAAAUUUCUACACGAGAAGUAUCUUCGACUUCACUUCCCUGCACACACAGGGAAAUUUAAGUGUAGAAAGUGUGGCGCCAAAUUCUGUAGGAAUGAUACAUUGAAGCGUCACAAUUGCUCGAAUGCCAACAAAGGUACAAAGCCACACGAAGGGCCUACACAAUCCGUCUCUCCCUCGUUAUCAAAAUGUGAUAUUUGUGACCAGCAGUUCACCAAUGAGAAGUACUUGUUCAGACACAUGGCCAUUCAUACGAAUAUAUUCCAGUGCUUGAACUGCCAUAAGUCGUUUUCCCGGAAGGAUUCUCUCCAGAGACAUAUACUGAAGUGCUGUCCGGAAGACGCAGAACAAUACCAGGUGUUCUUUUGUAGAAAAUGUCAGAAAACAUUCGCCACCAAGCUCGGUCGUGAUAACCACGAGACCCACUGCAAACAGAAGAUGUGCGAGCAGUGUCAGAGCGUAUUCGCGUCCGAGAACCUGUUCCUCGCACAUAAAUGUCAAUCCAAGAAGACUGAAACUCGUCGAAAUGUUCCCGUCAAAUACAACUGUAGUCAAUGUCCAAAAUCGUUCCGUAAUCUGAACUACCUCAAACAGCACCUGCAGAUCCAUGAAGGUGGGUUUAUCUGCCAAUUAUGUGGACGGAAGUUAAAGACCAAGGAGGAGCAAGAUGACCACGAGAGGAUGUGCAUGGCACUGUCUGUCAUCCAGAAUGAGGGCAAAACUAAGUGCAUGUCCUGUGACUUAUUCUUCACCGACAUCAGAUCGUACAAGGAGCAUUAUCAUUCCCAUACUCACCCUUACCAGUGUUCAAAGUGUCAAAAACGCUUUGUAAAAAUAGGAAGUCUACACAGCCACGUUUGUACUUUGGACGAUGACAAUAAUCUGCUCUUUUCAUGUAAUAUUUGUCAUAAGGAUUUUCGCAAUGAACGUUUAUUAAUUCGACACAGGGAAAUGCACCAGGAACAUAGAUUUAAGUGUCAACAUUGCGAUAAAAAGUUCUUCCGUAGAGAUUACUAUUUGAAGCAUGUCUGUAAGGACGCCGAUGGUACCGAAAUGGAUGUAGAUAGAAAUGCCGAGAUUCGCGCCCAGCAAGAUAAACUAGUUUGUCAUAUCUGUGGUAAGAACUUUGUCAGUUCAAGUAAUCUCAACAAACAUAUGAAAGUACAUGGAGAGAAAACAUGUAUUUGCCACAUAUGUAGCAAGAGGUUUCACUACGUCGAGUAUCUUCGUGUUCAUUUGGAGGGAUUCCACAACAAAAAGCACCAAUUCCAGUGUUCAGAAUGCGGCAAGAUUUUGACAUCCAAGCCUGGUCUUACAUCUCACGUUAAACAGUUUCAUUCGGACGAGAAAGAGGCACAUCCCUGUCCUACAUGUGGCAAGAUUUUCAGUCAGAAGGGCAAUAUGAAAACGCACAUGUACUCGCAUACAAAAGAACGAGGUUUCCAGUGUACUUUCUGUACCAAGGCUUUCAAAUAUCCGGAUCAGCUGAACAGACACAAGCUCAUACAUACGAUGCAGAACAAGCUUGAGUGCGAUCACUGUGACAAGAAGUUUACUAAGCUGUACGACCUGAAGAAGCACUUCGAGCUGUUCCACAGUGGUAUGAUGUAUGUGUGUGAGGUGUGCGGUGCUCGUACUGGACACAGACACACCAUGGUAAGGCAUUACAAAAGGAAACAUCCCGAGACCGCCGAACAGGCGAAGGAGCCGUCUUACCUCGACUCGCUGUUCAAACACAUUGAUAAAGAACCAGACGUCACCACUGAGGAGAUCAUUGAGGAUCAUUUAAUAGCGGAUGGAAUACAUGUUGAUAAUGUCUCAAACUUGAUUUGUUCAGAAGAGUUCGUACCACAGACAGCUGCAGAAGUGCUACAGAGCCUGUCGAACACUGGUGUGGCAAACGAUCAACCUAUUAUCGUGGCUGACGGCACCACUGUUAUUCAGAACGCUGACGGCACAAUCAGUAUGCCGGGCCAGGAAGGCACUUUCAGCAUACAGAACAUUCAACAGGCCGUGGAGGGACCGGACGGUCAGUCCACAGUGGUAAUACUCCAAUUUGUGAGUCAACAGGAGCAGGAUGGUGUGACCGAAACUCAUCAUCAGGAGGUUCAAGUGCAGGAGCUCGACACACAGGUCAUAACGGCUGGUGCUGUAGAGGCUACGGGCGAGGUGGAGACCUACAUACAAUCUUAUGUUGUUAGUGACUAGCUAAAGAAAUCUGGUAUAUAAAGUAACAGACGCAAACGAAGGGUGUAUAAUAUGACGUCAUUCAUUUGUAUAUGAACGAGCAGCUAAAAGCAGUACAAUAAAUUUGUGUGGAUAUAGGGCCUAUGACCUUUCAGAAAUAGCAAUGGUACCUCGUUACAGAAAGGCCACGUCAUUCAUUUAUCGAAAAUAUACUGUUUCUUUACUUAUGGAUACAUCAUACACAUAUUUUUUUAUAAAAAAAACAUUCCGUGAAAUUGACAUUUUAAUUUGAUUUAUAACUAAAUUUAAUUUUUUUUUUUAUAAAAAAAAUAGUUAAUCAAUGUUGUCACGGAGAUAUGAUAAAAUCAGUACACGGAAUAGUUUUCGGAAAUUCGGGGUCAGAUAUGUCCAAGGUGGAUAGUUGCUGCUCUUAAUAAAAGGGUAAUAUGUAUUCAAUAUUGCUAGCAUGUGUAAUUUUUCAUAAAAUACCGAGACAAAAAAUGGCAAAAACUGAUAUGAGCAAUGCAAUGUUAUUAUAUUAUUCCAGAAUGUUGAUCGAUUAUAGAAUUGAUGUUGUUUCCUAUAUAGCUAUAUGGACAGUUUGCAUUACGGUUGUUGGAAAACUUCAGUUUAAGAACUUUCCACUAAUAUGUCAGACAUAGAUAUUAUGUUCUGUUAUACUUUAGCAUGGCAAUUUCAAUGUUUCAGAAAUAUAUACGUAUGUACAGAUGUCUCUUUAGGCGAGUUUAUAUGCGUUGUAAUAUUCUGUAUACCGGGGAAAAUAUCGCCCAGUCAAAUUUUCACCCUUCACUGUUUGAAACCGUGUUCGUGUAGUGUUAUUUUGGCCCAUCACAUUUUAUUACUAUAUAUAGUACGCUGUUUACUUAUUUUCACUGUCGUGAUGAAUUCGCCCUCAGUGCAGAGGGCGAAAAUGACAAAAGUUGAACUGCGGCGAACAUUUCCAAGUAUACAGUAUUUCAUCUGGUUGCUUUUUAAAUUCACAGGGACAGGUAUGAUAAUUAACCCUGUUAAAAUAUAAUGGACAUAGAAAUACUAUUUAAUUGAAAGCGUUUAUGAAAUAUUAUUGGUUAAAGUCUAUAACCGUUUCGAUAAAACGUGACUUAAACAUUUACUAAGUGUUUGAUUUUUCAAUACCCAUCAAAGAAAACCUGGUCAGUGUACAUCGUGUCUAAAGUUCGGUUAACUUUUUUUACCAAAGUUGUUUUGCACAGUAAAAAUCAGUUUUGUAAAUGAUUUUGGUUUCAGUCUAUAAUGGGUUUUUUAUCACACAAGUCGCGUAUGUGUUCUGUAUAAUAUUACAAAUCGGUUCCUCGUAGUUGGUUAGUUUCAUCUGAAUGGUUGAUUUAAAGCUAUUCACAACGUUAUCUGCGCCAUUACCGACUUCUCUUGAUAGUUUUAGAAAUUGACAACGAACGAUAUUUUUAUUUUUGUUGUGUAAGUAAAUUUGUUAGCUUGAAGAAAAAGUAUUAUUAUGCUUAUUUUUUUCGGCACUUGAACCUGCAACUCUUUAAAGGAAACAGUUUGUGGAUCGGUUUAGACAAUUUUUAUUGUUACAAUUGUAUUUUUUUCUAAUAAUCCUUCGAUAUUUAUAUAUGACUUAAGAUUUAUUUCUUACCCAGUGCUUGAACAUCAAAUUUAUUUUCCCAAUUUCGAAUAUCAAAUAACCUCACAAAACUAGAGAAUGUGGCUCAAUACUAUGCUUUGGAAAAGGUAUUCUUCUGUCGUUUUAAUGUCGUCACCAACUCGGGGAACAAACACGGGUUGUCCGUUAGGUUUGUUCACAGUGGAGUAAUAUUUAAAUUUAUUUUUCAUUUAAAUCCGUGCUCGUUUCGUUGGUGUGAUUGUUUUGCCUGUGGGAAAUAUAUAAUUAAGCGUUUUCACAACGAUGUCUGGCUACCGAGCAGCAUGUAUUUCCUAUGUUGAUAGCAUGUAAAGAGGGGUUUUGUCAGUCAGACUCCGUUAUUCAAUCCCUCCCCUUGUGUUCCUUUCACUGCUUUUCAUUCAAUGCAAGGAUCCCUGCGAUAAAUUGGUUCUCUUUAAGCAUACAUUUCAGGCCCCAGUUGCUCAAAGAUUGGUUAACUUUAAACGGUGGUUAAUAAAAAGAUCAAAUUGUUUAGUAAGACGAAUCCUCAUAAUACACUAAUAAAAUCUGUUUGAACAAAUCUGUAGCAGUGAAAUAAUAACGGGUGUUCUUGAUUUUCUUUUGAUCACAUUUAAAACAAAUCCCUAACCAAUAUUCAUCUCUAACCAAGCUUUCAACUACCAUGGCCAGAUCUCUAGAAAUGUUUCUGUUACUUAUUUUCUCACUAUACACGAAGUGAAAUACGGUGUGAAAGAUUUCUGGUACUGAAAGACAUCAUACAUGGACUUGCCAUAAAGUAUGAAAUUAUUUAUGACAUGUUUGUAUAAAAUAUUAAUAUUUAACCGAAAACAAAUAUAUUGGAAGAAUGAAAGACUAUCCUUCGUCCUGAUUAAGACAAUUGAAGAAACUAAGCCUCAUGCUGAAAAUGAUCCAGGCUGCUUUUGCAUACCCCAGUUGAAACAGUCAGGGUGGUACAGAAAUAUCCCGUGAUAAACGAACACACAUGGGCGGACGAAAUCAAUAAAGUUACAAAUGCACAGUGUCGCAGAUGUUUCCAAAACAAAAAAAAACCAUUAAUACCAUCUGUUUAUUUUCAUUUGUGUGAAUAUUUUUUUUAAUUUCGAAAAAUAUUUGAAUCGACUUUUUGUUAUGUCAAAAUAUCGAAACCUUACGGUUGCCAGCAUUUCGAAUUUGGCAAGGCAUGACGAGAACUUUCGAAUUUCUGGGUAUCAUCUUCCGUUCCUAUCUCUGUCUAAUUUUCACUGAAGAUUAUGGUAAGUGUACCACAUCACGAAUUACAAUAGGACUCCAAUAGGACUCUGGUUUAGAGUAACAUCCGCUGUCGAGUUGUGCAUCUUUCAAUGCUAAUUUGUAUUUGUAUACUAGACUUUUCGACCCUGUAAUUGUACUCACACUUUUGGUGAUAAUUGCAUAUAAUUCCUCGAGGGCAACAUUGGUAAAAUGUAGGCUUGGCAGUUUUUAAUUCUGCGUUUGAAUUUCAAACAGUUAUAAUUUUGUGUUUUAUAGAGGUUACACAACGAGUGAUUGUUGAAUAUGGUAUUUAUUU